AUGAAACCUAGCACAGGUCUUACUUACAUCAAUACAGGCCAGGCUGAUCUUGCCCUGAGCAUUGAUGAGGCUCUUCUUACAGUUCACAAUCAGCUGCCAAGUGGACUCAAAGUCUCCUAUGUCUCUGAUUACUGCUAUAAGUGUCUACAGCAGCCAUUGGUCAUCAUUGAUGAUGGUAACAGCAAUGCGUCAGCAGUCAUCAGCACCCGUCAUGAGCUGACUCUGUUUGUGAGGGUGGGAAAUGCACUCGUCUGCAGCUGGACUGAGUUGUAUGGAGAAGCAGGACAUUAUGCAGUGUGGGUGCAGCAAAGGAGGGAUCCAAACAUCACCUGCUCUGUGACUGUGGACAAAGAACCCAUUAACAGUUACAUCCCCAUCCUGGUUGCUGCCAUUGUCAUGCUUUCAUUGACCAUCAUCUUUCUUUGUUGGCCGUACAUAUACAGAUGGUCCUACACACAGAAAUGCCUGUCCAUUGUGUUACGCAAAAGCCCAGGUCCUUCCCAGGACUGCGACCUUGCAGCAAAUUCUACUGCACAAGCUGACUGCACGAAACCCCUACCUACACGUGUGAAGUCUCUGGAUGCAUUCAGAGGACUCACUCUGACCAUCUUACUUUUUACCAACAAUGGAGGAGGGGGUUACUGGUUCUUUCAGCAUGCCCCUUGGAACGGUCUUACAGUAGCUGACACAGUCAUGCCGUGGUUUGUGUUCAUGAUUGGGACUUCGAUCAUCUUCACGUUCAACAGCAUGUGGAAAAAAGGCGUGUCCCGUCUGCAGAUGCUCCGCAAGAUAUUUAUCAGAAGUUUGAAACUUAUCUUCAUUGGCUUCUGCUUCCUGAACUACACCCCAAAGGAUGGACUGUUCUCCUGGUCCUGGGCCCGCAUCCCGGGGGUCCUUCAGCGCCUGGCUGUCAGCUACUCUGUUCUCUCACUGGUGCACAUGACUUGCUUGAGAAAAGAAAUCCCGCUCAGUGAGCAUCACUGGUGGUAUCCCAUCCAAGACCUCGUCCUGUACUGGCCAGAGUGGGUCAUCAUCAUCCUCAUGGAGACGCUCUGGUUGUGCCUCACAUUCCUCCUUCCUGUUCCUGGCUGCCCCACAGGCUACCUGGGUGCUGGUGGCAUCGGGGACAACGGCCUGUAUCCCAACUGCACCGGGGGGGCUGCCGGCUACAUUGACAGACUACUGAUGGGUGACCACCUCUACAGGAACCCCACGUGCAAGGAAAUGUACCACACCACAGUACCCUUUGACCCAGAAGGGGUGCUCAGCGCCAUUAACAGUGUGGUUAUGGGGUUCACUGGGAUGCAGGCUGGGAAGAUUAUGCUUUAUUUCCGCAAGAACCAUUUCAGUAUCCUGAAAAGAUUCCUAAUUUAUGCCAUUAUCAUGGGAAUCCUCGCAGCAAUCCUCUGUAAGUGCUCACGAGACGAAGGAUUUAUACCUGUCAAUAAAAACCUAUGGUCUCUGUCCUUCAUUGCUUGCACAAGCUGCUUUGCCUUCAUCAUGAUGGGAUUAAUGUAUUUCAUCAUUGACAUCAAGGGCUGGUGGGAGGGGAAGCCCUUCAUUUACCCAGGAAUGAACUCCAUUUUUGUAUAUACAGGCCAGAAUAUCCUAGGGUUCUAUUUACCAUUCAAGUGGGAGCCGGCUAAGAUGAGUCAUGGAGAACUCCUUCUGCAGAAUUUGUUGAAUAUCAUUCUGUGGGUUUACAUUGCUUACCUGCUGUACAGGAAAAGGGUCUUCAUCAAAUUAUAAUGAUUCUUCAUCAGCUAAGUCACUCACACUACAAAUGAGAAGAUCACUAACAUGAGCUAUAUUACUGGUCAAAAGCUUUG